AUGAGGCCCCAGGGAAUCUUUAAUUUUAGUGGGUUCAACGAGCAGUUUGAAAUUGUUUUUAAUGUGCACUUAGCCACGGGUACCUUCAACCCUCUCUUUGACAUAAAGCCUGCCCAUCACUUAGCAAGCUCUUUUGCUCUAAGUACAACCACAUCAAGUACAAAACACAUCUCGACUCGCAGCCUUGUUUUUGUGAGGGAAGUGAUUCAACCUAAACACGUGCAAAGGGUGCAAAUAAACGGCUUGAAAUGUGGGCAAAUUGACGUUCAGGGUAUUCGAGUCUCUUUGACAAGGGCCGUGUUUGUCCCUCGAUCUCCGCAUUUCCAUUUUGGAUUUCCUUGGCUUCGGUGUCGAAAGUUGGUCCGAACAUCAAGGAUCAACAUGGAUCAAGCGGGGAUCGCCAACAUGGAAAAGGACAUCCUACCCCUCCAGAUCGAGGUGAUAAAGGCUCAAAUCAACAUGACGAGAAUCCCAAUCUCCGAAUCGGUGGCUGGGAUGAAAGAAUACAUUGAGGAACAUGAGAAGACGGAUCCUCUCAUCCAUGCACCCGACAAGAAGAAUAACCCAUGGAUGGAAAAGGGGAAAUGCAGCCUCAUGUAAAGGGACUGGUCACCCUUGGUGGCAGGGGUAAUCGGUUGGGGCCAGACAAUGUGGAGGCGUGGCGUGGCGUGGUCUGUCGUUGUUCCGGUUCCCCUGCCCACCCAACUCAUUCAAUCGCUCCGAUUCCUAUUUUGAUUAGUACCAUUGGGUUGAAAUAGCGCCAAAACUGUGUUCCACACAUGCCAAGAACGAAAUCCGUUGAUGCCCAUUCCCACCUUAAAAAGCUUAGCAUUGAAUGCUGCAAAAGAAACAGAUUUUGCUUUGGCUUUACCGAGCCUUUUGAUUACCUAGCCUACUAUGAUUAAUUUACAAUAUCCUUGAGAGUUGAACCAUUUUAAACUGGUAAACCAAACCUUUUACCUUACUGAAUAUCCACACGCAAUUGUCCUUAAUGUUUGGACCAGUGUUUGCCCUCAUGUUUGGAUUUUUUUGGAAUAUGCCAUGUCAGUUCUUCAUUUACGUGUAGAUUCAUCUAGUCUCGUAUCCACGAUUACUUAUUGCAUUACAACUGCUAUUAUCUUAGUAUUUAGAGCAUUCACACACUUUAAGGAUUCCGUAUAUCUUAGGUCUCUCUUCGGCGACACCGCCUUCACCAAAUAUAAGCUACUACUUCUAUUCAAUUCAGAUGGCUUUGCUCUCGUACUUAUUUCGACGAGCACCAUUUCUAAAGUAAGGAAAAAAAUUAAAAUAUUUAACGGUCAGCAAAAUGUAUAAUGGACAAGAAUAAUAACAUACGUCGUAAACCAUGAUAUUACAAUGAUUAUCUUAGCAUUUGAUUCCUACCUUUCCUCUCUUUUCGACCUUGCUUCUAUUGGAUUUCCUCUAAACACCCAAUUUUAGCAAACCUUCAAGAAGGUGCAAUCUUGUUCCUCAAGCCUUCUGUUUUAUCGUUCUCCAUCAAUGAAAAUGCCAUCAAGUGAGAAAUAAAAAAAGAAUGCAGACAAAAACCCA